GAUUAUGUUGUUUCUAUUUAUAGCACACGCAGAAUCGCUUUCAUUACGUCAAUUUUAGAUCCUUUUUUCGGGUGAAACUAAACAACUUAAUUCAAGAUGUGCUAGAAGAAAAGGAACGGCGUUUAAUGGACGGCAUUGUGUCCUUUUCCUCCAACAUUUACCGAGAAUUCUCCGAGGUGUUGUGGUGUGUGGGUGGUGUUACAAGCAGGGAUGAAACUUCACAGUGGUAUGACUGCUAGAUCACUAGCGCGGCUAUUAGGGGAGGCUAUUAACAAAGAGCAAAAAAAUUGGAAACCAAUUGAAUAUAAACCAACAGAUAUGAUAACCAGUGAACAUAGAAAUGAAGGUGUGAUAUGGUUGCUAAAUCUUUUUAACAAGUUUCGAUUUUCACCAGAAACAUUUGGUGCUGCUGUUGCUAUAUUGGAUAAAUUUAUUGGUCUUGUUAAGGUUCCCCCUAAAUAUCUGCGCUGUGUUACUAUUACAUGUCUUUAUCUAGCAGCCAAAACAUUGGAAGAAGAUGAUAUUGUCCCAAGCACACAGGGUUUUGCUAGAAUCAGUGGAUGUGGAUGUUCAUUGUCCGAGAUUUUACGGAUGGAGCUGGUCAUUUUGAAGAAAUUGUGCUGGUCUUUACCUACGACCUCAUCCAUUGAUGCAUUGCAUAUAAUCCAUACUGUGCUGCUUCAACACCACCCCUAUCUAUUGGAUGGUCUGAAAGACAUGACCCCGUCACGUCACAUGUCAAUAAUUACACGUAAAUUAUUGACAUGUCUAGGACAACAUAGAUUGUUGAUGUUUCCACCUAUAACAGUUGUUGUGUCUAUGUUAAGUCUAGAACUAGAGCAGAUGACAUCAGCCUGGUUUCCACUUAUUGCUUUACUACAGCAAAUGACUAAUAUUGAUAAUCAGAAGUUGAUUCACUGUAGAGAAGUUAUAGCCAGUUAUUUGAGUUCUGUCAGAAUGUCAGUUACACCAUAUCAGAAGAUCCUGCCACAGAAAUCUAAGAAAAGGAAGGUAGAACAGAUUGAUGAUGAUGAUGAUAUAUAUGACAGCAUUAAACGGCUCUACAAUGAAGAUCAUAUAAUGGAAAUACCAACAAUUCACGGGUCUUGUAGUUCAGAAUUACACCAAAACACUGAGGAAACAUUCUCAGUUCAUACUGUUUGUGCAAACUAAUUUGUACAAACUAGUUUCAUUAUACCCAUUUUCAUUCAUCGUUGAUCAUUAUUCUAUAUAGUUUAUUCUAGAUUCGUUCAAAAUAUAUGUUGACAACUGUCAAGCACAUGGACGGACAACUGUCAAGCACAGCUAUGCAAGACAACUGUCAAUAGUAGUGUAAAACAACUGUCAUGUCUGGUCAGUAUAGAAAUGCUGACAAGAUUUGUCUGUUCAGUGUGAGACAAUUGUCAAGUAUCUUUUGUGGAAAACAGCUGUUUGUCUUGGUCAAUGUAUGGCAACUGUCAAGCAUAGUCUAUGGCACAGCAGUCAAGUGUAAACUGUACAGCAUAAUUAUGUGUGCAUUAUAUGUUAUAAUUAGCUGUAUAUCAUAUAUGAUUUGCAAUAUGCUUUAGCUAAUCAAAAAACAAAUGUAGAGGGCCACAUUAUGAAUAAAUCUGAUUUAGACAUGUGGUAUGAACGAUUGCUGUUGAUAGUAAUAAUGUAUUAUAAUGUAGAUAAGUAUAGUAGCUUUUGAUGAUUGCUAGAAAUACAAUUCUAAUCCAAUAUUUUACAUGUAUUUAACUCAUAAAUAUUGAUGUCUAAAAUUACAGUUUGCAGAGAUAUAUUUAAACACAUGAUCUUCUCAAUAAUUCAAAUUUAGUGUUAUCUCUGGUGGAUUUAUUUUUAUUUGGGCUGAACAUAUAUUUUAAUAACAUUACUCUAUAUAGAUUAAGUUAUUAAUGCUUAAAGGAAUAUCUGCAGUUGAUAAGAUAGAAAAAAGCCCUGUGCAAUUAAGCUUAUUAUGAGAGCCAUCAAAAGAAGCAUAGAUAUGACAAGGUUUCCAAAAUGUCAACUUAUUAAAAUAUUGUAAAUCAUUUGUUUAUAGGUCAUCAUCAUUUCAUUUGUUUAUUUUCCCCAAUAAAUAAUGUUGAUAUUUUGUAAAGCCAUGUUUAUAACUUCGAUACUGAAUAAUGAUUAAUAUCUUGUGAUAUUGAUAUGCACCAGUUGUAAUUCCAAUAUUAAGCAGUAUUCUAUACAUAUGCCAUUAGAUUACAAAUGCUUGAGACCUCUAGACCUUUUUAUUCCUUUGUUUUAUCUCAUUAUUUUAAACUGCUACCUAUGGGGAAGUUAAGUAGAUGGAAGCCAAGAAAAAUAUAUAAAUAUUUUCUGUUUUUAUUUAUUAAAUUUGUUUUUUUUAAAGUUUAUUUUAGUAUACUUUCAAGAUUUUAAAACAAAGCUUCUGUUUUAAUUUUUGUAAUUUCUAGUAAUUGUUGUUGUUAAUUUAAAAAAAAAAGAUUAUUAUGUAGUUGCUUAGUAUGUUAUUCAUUUAUUUAUCAUUUCAUUAUUAUUGAGUUUAUUCAUUAUUCAUCAUAAUCUUAUAAAGUAUUAAAUACAAAAGAGGAAAAAUCAUGUUUUAUGUAAUCAAAAUUUAAAACAUUAUCAUUUUUCUUCACCAAAAAAAUCACAAGAAAUCGUGAGAAAAAGUAUCUCAAAAAAGGAACAAAAUGUUUUCGAAAAGAUUUAAAAAAUAUUAAAGUCUUUCAUUAUGUGUAUGUUUUAUAUAUAAUCUUACUGUCAGCUCUUUAUCUAUGUACUAAUAGAAGGCGUAUGAUUUAUUGAUACUAUAUUAUGUUUUUCGAAAACAGUUAGUAUAUUUCUGAUUUUAUGUUAAACAAUUCUUAGCUGUACUUUAUGAAUAACCAUUUAUCUUUUCUUCUUCCUGCAAAAAUAUUAAUUAAUUUAUUAAUUAAUACUUUUAAUGUAGGGUUAUUCCAAAAGAGCUGAACAGACAAAUAUGUAAGAUGCAGGUACAUUUUCUUUUAAAUGGUUAUUAAUUUUUGUAAAGAUAAGGUAUUUUUAAAUACUUUUUAUGAGUGAUAAUAUAAAACUUUUAAUAUAUUCAAUCACUCGGAUAAGAAAAGUCCCUUAUAUUGUAAUGUUAUCCAUUUGUGGAUAAUAGGAACAAGGCAGCAACUAGUUCUGUACAUUUUUUCGAUCAGAGCAUAGCUUGCUAUCUAUGUAUUAGGUUAUAGUUGUGUUUAUUUAAAGCUAGAAACCAUCUAGAAUGUCAGUUAAUUAAGUUGUACCAAAAAGAUAUUAUUUAACAUUCCUGUGUAUAUUUGGAGGAAAUUUAUCAAAGACAUUGACAAGUAUUGAGUAAUUCAUAUUAUAAAAUGAAAAGUUUUUUCUAUGUGAAUUCCAAUUUCUUUUUUAUCAGAAAGAAUACUUGAUUAACAAUUUAUUAAGAAUAUAAAUUUGAACUAUUUCCUCCAUUUAUAUACACAUCUUUAGUUAUUGUAUUUUGUAAAAGACCUGCAUCAUUUUAUCAUUUUGUAUAUAGUACCUUGUAGUGACAUUAAGUUAAAAUGUUUCAUGUAACAGCAAGUUGAUACAAACUCUUAUCACUUUAAAUUAAAAUCUUUGCACUAAACAAACUAUUUUUCUGGACUAAUUAUUUUGUUGAAAUGAUGUAAAAACCAUGAUAGACAACUAAAUUAAAUGUAUCUACAUAAUAGUUUUUGCAGUAGUGCUGUUAGUUAUAUCAUCUGUUGCAGUAUUUUGUCCUACUAUCAUCAUUUCUUUCAGUGCAUGAUAUAAAAUAUUUAUGGUCAGUUUAGGUUAUAUUUUAUUUGAAUGUAUCAGUCAUGUUGAUUGACAUUUGAACUGUUAUAAAUUAUGGUGAGUUUUGAUUAUAUUUUAUUUGAAUGUAUCAGUCUUUGAUUGAUAUUUAAAUUGUUAACUGUCCAUUAUAUUCAGCAUUAUUAAAUCUUCUCUUCAUGCGAAAAAAUAGUGUCAUUUAAAAUUCAUUAUUGGAUAAAGAUCCUUGAAUUAUUUUGUAAAAGUGAACAAAAUGGUUUAUAAUUCAUUUGGAAAAGAAUAAAAUUUGAAUAUUUUUUUAAGGAAAAUUUAAGUCCAUUUAAGACAGUUAUUUGGUGUUUGAUAAUUGAAAUUAGUUUUGAUAGAGAAGUAAAAGCAAGGGAUUUGAUAAAAAGAAGUAAAACCACCUGAUUGUAGGAAAAAUUACCUGUAAACAAAAGACUAUUUGUAUUGUAUAUGUCAUUGUUCUACUGGAUAAUCUUGUCUCUGAUUCAGAUUUUAGGUAGGGUGAGGUUUAAGUUUUGUGAUCUGUUCCAAUUGGGAUUCAUUACUCUCUUAAUUAGAACUGUUUGUGUCUGCUCAUGUUUGAAACCGGUUGUAUCCUUCCCCUUCUUAUACUGUACAGAGACUUAUUAUUUAGUGAAUUAUUAGGGUUGUAUGAUAUGAUGCUGUGGAUUCACUGCUGCUCAUAAUUGCCGAGCUCAAGAAAUUCUCAAAAGUUUAUGGCGGAAAAUACUGAUGCUCUAUUAAAUACAAUUUUAUUACACACUGUAUAGUGUCUGAUAUAUCUGGUACAACUUGCUUACUAAUAUUUGUUGCUUGAUUGUUCUCCUGUAGGAUAAUGGUCAGGUUUGAUCUGAGAACCAAUUUCUUGCAUGAGUUCACAAAAGGGUGCACUACCUGAGCAGUGUAUGGAACUUUAUUGACAACUUACUGUAUAGUUUUCUUUUACUUGGAACUAUGAGCAGUAAUGAAUACAUCAUACUUAUUCAGGCAUACAAUGUUUAAUGCUAUGUAAAAAGAUAUCAGCUGAUACCAGCCAGGAAUUUUUAUUUAAUGUCUAUGAUAGAAGUAAAGAAAGUUUUAUUAUGAAAGGAAGGAUGAAGUGAGAAAGAAAGGUUGAUUUGUAUGAUUUACAUCUAUCAAUGAUAUAUACCUUACAACUUGUAAUAAAUAUUUUAAAAUCAA